GGAAUGCAAUGCGGUCAUGAGGUCGACAAUUGCGCUCCCAACAACAUGCGCACAUGGCUGACCCACGACCAUGUUGCCAAAUAUGACCCGGAACUCAGCUCGAAGCGAACCGAACAGCGCUUCGAUUCGUAGAGUCUAUGAAGUUGCUCGGAGAGUUCACAGUCACACAGUGCCAUGUAUUCGUCAGCGAGGACAUAAAAGAGGUCGCUUUGCCCACCGUCUGAGUACCAACCGCGCUCGUUAACAUCUUCCAUCACUAAGGAACAAAAGCAGCAUCACCCGACCGCAAUAAUACUCAGACGACAACAUGCAGCUCUUGCGUAUGCUCCUCACCUCUGGCCUCGUUGCCACAGCUGUUGCCCUCCCAAUGGCACAACAGCCAGGCUCGGUGGCGAAGAACGAUGAUGGAUCUCAACAUGGACAUCAGAACUCUUACGGUGAAUCAGAAAGCGUCAGUCUUGAUGCCAAUCAACAUACCAAUCAAAAUGUCAACCAAGAUGUCAAUCAGAAUGUCAACAAGAACGUCAACCAGAACGUCAACCAGAACGUCAACCAGAACGUCAACCAGAACGUCAACCAGAACGUCAAUCAGAUCGCCAGCCAACAAAAUUCCAACUACAACAAGCAGGAGGAAGAGGAUGAGAGUGACAAUGAGAGUGAGAAUACUAACCUCAGCGAUAGCAAGGACCAAAGUGAAAGUGACGUUGGCAAGUUGAACGGCGGGGAAGAUAGCACUGGACGGGGGCACGGCGGAGCCGUCCAGAACACUGUCGGCUCCGAGAAACUCGCUCAGUCUGGCGGAGGCUACAACGGUGGCGGCAGUGGCUCCGCGCACGGUACCGGCUCCGGCGUGUCCCAAAACAAAGCGACGUCUGGUGGAGCUCACAGUGGAGGCGGGGGCGGUGGCAGUGGCGGUGGCUCUGGAUACGGUGGAGGCGUAAGCGGCCAUGAGAACGAUUCCUCGGACUCUGAACUUCAGGAGCAGUCCUCUGACUCUGAGUCCCAGCAAGAUUCCUUGGAGUCUGAUUCCCAGCAGGGCUUUUCGCAGACUCUAUCCCAGCAAGAUACCUCGGAGUCUCUUUCUCAGCAGGAUACCUCGGCGUCUGGUAUCCAAAAGGGAACCUCUAACUUGGGAUGGCAGAAGCAUUCCUCUAAUUCAGGAUAUCAGAAAGAUUCCUCUAACUCAGGACAUGAGCAGCAGUACCCACCAGGACAAGGAUCCGGAUCCGGAAGCAGUUACGCGCCUAGUGGCCAGAACAAGUAUGACAGCGACUAACUAGUGUAGUCCUCCAAAUCGGAUGGUACUUCUCACACGAGCUUAACCUGACAGAUCACAAGAAGAACACGAUGAGGUCUGAUGGGGUCUGAUGAUCACGAAGAAACGAGCUUAAUGAUGUUGCGAUUUGUUGCGUCUCUCCCUUAUAGCA